UUUGUUAACAGUGGAGGAGAGACACAAAGGGGCUCGCGCUUCAUUUGGGGAGAUUUUGGCUGGCUGGGUGGAGCGAGCAGCCUCAUUCUGGAUUACACAUUCGCACACGCGCUCGCUCGCUCGCGCACGCACACACUCAUGCAUGCAUGCGCUUAUUAUGCAUGCGCGCACAACAAGACCCUCAGUCUGCUCACCGCACGCGUGCAACAGGGUCUCUCUCUCUCUCGCUUUCUUGCUUUCUCGCUUUCUCUCUCUCUCCAGCGGGAUGCAAUGUCUCUUGACUGUGCACGAGAUGCGUAGUGUCCCCGGGUACGCGCGCGCGUGACAAGGCACAAGGACGGGAGGUACGCACGAAAGGAGGGCACGAGGACACUUUCCUCCGUUUUCUAUCCAUCCGUGAGAGCGCGCGCGCGCCACAGACACAAACACAGACAUAGAGAGAGAUACUAUACUCACGCGCUCACCAUGUCCAGCAGCAGAGGUGCGCACGCUUUGCUCGCUCACGCGCUGCUCGCCCUCUUCGCCACCCUGGCCGUGCGCGUGACGGCGGGCUCCACCGUGAGGUACCGCGUGCCCGAGGAGCUCCCCGUGGGCUCGGUGAUCGGGCGCCUCGCGGACGACGCCGCCGAAGAUCUCUCGCGCCUGCCCGGCUCGGUGUCUCCGCGUUUCCGCGCCGUCACGCGCCGCGGAGCCCCUGCGUCCUCCGCGCUUUCGGUGCGCGAGCGCGAUGGCGAGAUCAGCGUGCGCGCGCGGCUGGACCGCGAGACGCUGUGCUCCGGAGGACUGAUGGAGGCGAACUGCACGCUGGAGUUCGACGUGCUUACGCUGCCCACGGAGCACCUGCAGCUGUUCCACGUCGUGGUGGAGCUGCUGGACGUCAAUGACCACGCCCCACGCUUUGCUCGGCCCAUGGUACCUGUGGAAAUCUCAGAAUCAGCAGCUGUGGGUACCCGGGUGCCUCUGGACAGUGCCACGGAUCUAGACACUGGAGAAAAUGGCCUGCACUCAUACUCCUUGGCAUCUUCCAAAACCUUUGGCAUUGAUGUUCUCACAAGACCCAAUGGUGCCAAGUAUGCCGAGCUGGUAGUGUUGGCACCACUUGACCGAGAGGAACGUUCUAGUUAUGAACUUGAGCUCACCGCAACUGAUGGUGGUGACCCACCAAGGACAGGCACCACGAUGCUUAGGAUCACUGUUGCCGACUCCAAUGACAACAGUCCGACAUUCGAAAAAUCAUCAUACGUGGUCACCCUGGCAGAAGAUGCACCACUAGGCAUGCUGAUCGUAGACCUGAAUGCCACGGACCCAGACGAAGGAACCAAUGGAAAGAUCGUCUACUCAUUUGGUGCCCAUGUGUCACCCAAGGUUCUGGAGACUUUCAGGAUUGACCCGGAUGACGGCCGACUUACUCUGCUGCGCAAAGUGGACUUUGAGAUGACUGAUUCCUACGAUAUCGAUGUGCAGGCACAGGACAUGGGGCCCAACUCCAUGCCGGCGCACUGCAAGGUGACGGUCAAGGUGCGGGAUGUGAACGACAACAAACCGGAUGUUACUGUGAGUUUGAUGACACCGAGCGAUGAGGAUGCAGCAUUCGUAUCUGAAACGGCACCGACGGACACUUUCGUGGCAUUAGUAAGAGUGGACGAUGCAGAUUCUGGGCUAAACGGUGAAGUCGUGUGCCGCCUGCUAGGCCAGGGGCAUUUCCGACUGCAGAAAACACACGAGAAAAACUAUAUGAUACUGACCAAUGCCAGCCUGGACAGAGAGAAAAGGUCAGAAUACAGUCUGACUGUUAUCGCUGAGGACCGUGGAACACCCAGUAUGUCCACAGUCAAGCAUUUUACGGUGCAGGUGCAGGACGAGAAUGACAAUGCUCCAAGUUUUGACAAGAGCAGGUAUGAAAUUUUCAAAGCUGAGAACAACUCGCCCGGUGCUUACCUGGCCACUCUGCAGGCGUCCGACCCUGACCUUGGUGCUAAUGGCCAGGUGAGCUACUCUAUUUUGGAAAGCUUGGUCCAGGGCAGCUCGAUCUCGACAUAUGUGACCGUAGACCCGUCCACUGGUGCGCUCUAUGCCUUGCGUACUUUUGACCGGGAGGAACUCAGCCAAAUCUACUUCUUGGUUCAGGCCAAAGACUCCGGUAACCCUUCGCUGAGCAGCAACAUUUCUGUAAUCUUGAACGUCUUAGAUGAGAAUGACAAUCGGCCAGUCAUCUUGGCACCACCUUUGUGGAAUCACUCUGCUGAAGUCCCGGUGUCCAGGCGUGCAGAAGCUGGUGAGCUGGUUUCUGCAAUCAGGGUGACAGAUCGGGACACUGGUGCCAACGGUGACGUUUCUUGCCAUGUGAUUGGAGGCAAUGAGGCAGGAUACUUCUCUAUGGACAGUAGGAGCUGUGAGAUUUACACAAACACUAGCAUGAGGGAAGUUCCGGUGGACCGAGUGGACAUGACCGUUCUGGUGCAGGACCACGGAUCCGAACCGCUGGGAACCAAGGCCCUGCUGAGGCUGACACUGUAUGAGAACCUGGAGAACCUGGCUGAUCAUCACCAGACAUCCUACCAGCCAGGCAGCGGAAGUGGAGGAGAGAACGUCCCAGAUGUUUCCACCAUAAUCAUCAUCUCUCUGGGUGCGGUGUGCGGUCUACUGCUGAUCAUCAUGGUGGCGUUUGCCCUGCGGUGUUCCCGCGACAAGAAGGACACGCACUCGUACAACUGCAGAGUGGCCGAGUCCACCUACCAGCAGCACCCAAGGAAACCAUCCCGCCAAAUUCACAAAGGAGAAAUCACCCUGGUGCCCACGGUCAAUGGCACCCUGCCUCUUAGGGCGCAUCACCAUGGCGGCUCGCCCGGGACCUCACCCGGCCAGCAGAGGGCACACAUGAGCAGCCGGCAGAGCCACCACAGCCACCAGUCCCUCAACAGCCUUGUAACCAUCUCAUCCAAUCACAUUCCUGAAAGCUUCGCCCUGGAACUUACACAUGCCACGCCCCCUGUGGAGCAAGUUUCACAGCUGCUCUCCCUACUCCAUCAGGGUCAGUAUCAGCCUCGGCCCAGCUUCAGAGGAAACAAAUACACUCGCAGCUACAGGUACGCCCUCCAAGACAUGGAUAAGUUCAGUCUGAAGGAUAGUGGGCGGGGCGACAGUGAUGCGGGCGACAGCGACUGCGAGACGGGCCGUGAUUCGCCAAUGGACCGGUUGCUAGGCGACGGCUUCGGGGAGCUUUUCCACAUCGACGGACAAAACAGGCUCCACCCAGCGAUGAAGCUGUGCACGGAGGAGUGUCGCGUGCUGGGUCACUCCGAUCAAUGCUGGAUGCCGUCCAUGUCCUCCACCGAUUACCGCAACAACAUGUUCAUCCCCGGCGAGGAGAGCCGGCCGCAGCUGCUGGAGGACGACCAGCGCUCGCUCGACUCCAACCGCAAGAGCUUCUCCACCUUCGGCAAGGAGGCGCAGGAGGAGGAGGCGGAGGACGGCGCCGGGAGCUCGCUGCUCUCCGAGAUGAACACCGUCUUCCAGCGGCUCCUCCCCCCGACCUACACCGAGCUCUCCGAAGACUCCGCCCCUCCCACGGCCACCGCCGAGACCAGGAGGUGCCUGCUGCCGGGGAAGGCGGGGCCGGUGACCUCCAGCCCCGUCUACCAGCAAGGAGUAGCGGCCUGGGCGGCCAACACGCACUUCCAGAAUCCCGGCGGGGUCGCCUCGGCCGGCGCCGCCGCCGCCGGACACGGCGUCACCAAUCACGCGUCGGCCCAGACGCACCUGAAGUGGCUGCCGGCCAUGGAGGAGAUCCCGGAGAACUACGAGGAGGACGAGAUGGACAAGCGUAACGAGGCCGUAGGCGAGCUGGCCGCCGAAAUUAGCAAACUGCUGCAGGAGGUGCGUCAGAACUGAAGAGCGAGAACCAAAACUAAAAAAAAAAAGAAAAUCAAUAAAAAAGACCAUCAGAGAUAACGAACUGCUGAAGACCUCCCUCCAAUAACCACGGGUUUAGUCAGCCAACGUAAACUCCAAAACUCUAGAACUCUAGAACUCAAGAACUUCAGAAAUAUCAACACAUGUCUAGUACCUACCACAAACCUCCAAAUAUCCUUCUUUUCUAGCUCUAAAGCUACGAAGCUAAUGGAGCUAACAGGUGAUGGAAGCUUAUAACUUAUAGCGUAUAGUCGAUUUUAGCAUAGCAUGGUGCUAACCGCAGGCUAACCGCAGGCUAACGAGAUCAUGGCCAUGAUACACUCGCCUUAAAACAUGCCGAGAUCUUCGGAAGUCUCUAAAUCUCUAUUGCUGUAGAUUUUUUUUUUGGUCUAAAAAUGUCUGACUAGCAUUAUAAACUAGUGCAAAUCUCAUUGAAAAGUUCUUUUCUUUUCAGAUUCAAAAUGUGAAACUCACACACACAUAGUGAUUUAUUUUAAGCCUUUAUUUCUUUUAUGGCUUGCUGAGGAUUACGGCUUACAGCCAAUGAAUCCACCAAAAAUCAGUGUUUCAGAAAAAAUCCUGCUGGAAAAUGAAAUCCUAAAUCAUCUUAAUAAAAAAAAGUUGUCAGCAGAGGGAAGCAUGAACUGCACUGACUUUGGACUUGACAUAACACUGUGGACCAACACCAGCAGUUGACACGGCUCUCCAAUCUCGCCAUCACUGGCAACUCUUUUAUAGAGUUGCAGAUUUCAUUUACCAGCAGGAUUUUUUCACACUUACGACUUAAGCAGGCUAGUUUCAAGGAGGUCUUUCGACUAGCUUUAGCAGGAGGACGUUGGGAUGAUUUUCAUUCCAAAUGGUCCCAAAAGUGGACGAAAACUGGAUGGAGCACCAUCAUUCUAGUUCACACUAGCUAAACACACGAGGACACAACCUUAAGAAAUAUUUUCAUUCACAGAGAAAGAUCGCCUCAGUCAACCUGUUAUCUAGAUGCUAAAUAUCGCUAAUUUAUUGCUUGAUAUCUAGAGAAUGAUGGUUCCUAGACUGUUCCAAUCCACGAUGAUGGGGCUGGGCUUUGUACCCAUAUACUAGGUUCUUUCUUUAAUUAUUUAUUUAUUUAUUUAGUUUACUUGCUCCUAAUCUAUUGGCAGAUUUUUUUUUUCCACAGGGAAGUGGAAAGUUUGUCUCAGCAAUUGGUGCAAUUGGUGGAUAUCUACUCCAUCAUAUAGUAUGAAGACUAUUUAGGCUGUGAGUAUAUAAGACUAUAUAUAAGCGAUAACUGGCGAUAAUCUAUCAUUGCAUUAGCUAAACACACAAUGACACAACGUUAAGAAGCAUUUAACGAAGAUCGCCUCAGACAACCUACUAGCCAGAUGCUAAAUGCUAAAAUCUCACUCAAAACUCCACUCUGAACAGUAUUUUAGGGUGUUUAUUGCUUGAUAUCAGCUUGCUAACAGGACACUCACAAGCUCACUCACUGUGUUGUAGCUUACGGCUAACAGUUGAAAUAGGACCAGGGCUGUGUCCCAAUUGCACCGGUUGCGCCCUACACACUUUUUCAAAGUCAUUUCAUACUAAUCUAUCUAAUAAUAGUGGACGUACCAAUCUUUAGCCAACUAAAAGGGAGGUGAUAAAGGAUUGCUAUGUUGACAUGCUAACAAUGUUAACAUGCUAACAACGCAACAAAGUGACUCCUCCCUUUUCCCUUUGUUCGCACUGCAUUGUGGGAACACAGUAGUGUUUGGAUUUGGAUCUGGGUUGCGUUUAACGUUACUACGCCUUAAAAUCCAAGAACUUUGACUCUAUAUAUAAGUUUUGAGUGUAUAACUGUGCACUAUUAGUAAGUAUAGCGCUAAUUAGCACUACUAUUUAGCUAAGCUAACAGCUAAGCUAACAGACCAUAAGCCUGUGUUUACCUGUUCAUAUCGAAGACUUGAAACACUUGAAAACACUUUUUUUUUAAACCUAUUGUGGUCUAAUAAGGGUACUGUAUCUAGUAUUGUAAUAUAUGUAUAUAUAUAUAUAUAUAUAUAUAUAUAUAUAUAUAUAUAUAUAUAUAUAUAGCUUACUACCUAUACAGUACAGUAGUCAUGCUAGCUUGUCUAGAACUUGGCGCUACUUGAUAUAAGAUACAUCAUAUAACGAACGAUACAGGACUUACGAUACAAUAUAUAUAUCGUAGCAUUAUUGUGAUUCUUUAGAUCACAGUUACAGCACAAAAACAUGCUACGAUACAGUUUGUAUGUAUUUAUACGUUUUUUUUAUCCAAUCAGAAUGGUGGGAUCUAACGACUUGAGUACAACACUGCUACCUAGUGGGUGGGGUUUAAACACAACACAAAACAAACCACUUCUGACACCAAUAUUUAGAUGUAACCAUAUUCCAUUACUUACUAACUUUUCAGCUUCAGUUUUGGACUCUACUUGGUCAGGUGACACAAUCUGUGUUGAUUAUUUAAAUAUUUGAUAUUUUGAGUUAGCGCCAUGCUAACUGCUAGGGAUUCUGCUUCCAUUGCUUGUUAGCGACAUUAGCUUCAGUUCUCCGCCAAGAAGUAGACCAAGCUGGCAUUGGUCCAUCCUUAUAUAUAUACAUAUGUAGUGUAACAUCGCCUGUUGCUGUGGCAACCCCAAAGCCAAUCACGCGGCCAGCUUUACGAGUUUUUUUAUGAGUUUACGCGAGUUUACGUGAGUUUACGCGGUCUGUCCGAACGCACCGAGGUCAACCAAAAUAUGAAUGCGAUUCUAAAGACCCCGGAACGUCUCCUUCCAACCCCUAUCUACUGUAUCUCUCUCUUUCUUUCUCUCUCUCUCUUUCGUUCUUUCUCUCCCUUCAUCACCCUGUUCUCCACAGGGUGAAAUAAUCACUCGGAGAGAGAGAGAAAGAGAGAGAGAGCGCGAGAGCGGACGAGAAAGAGAGAGAAGUUAAAGCGCUGAAGCCUUCACCCACUUGUCUAUAGUGUGAGUGUGUGUCGUUGUGAACGUGGUGACUUGGACGUGUGAUUUCCGUUGGUUUUUAUUAUGGAUCGUCCGUUCUUUUUGUACCCGGUGAACACGACGUGACUGUAAACGACCUUUAUAUCUGGGCACUGUUCUUUUUUUUACGAUAUAUUUAUAUAUGUAUAUGUGUGUUUGUACAGAAAUCAGUACCAAAAUGUCUAUUUUUAUAUUUCACUGCAUGUAAUUAAUAUUAAUAUUAAGAGUCGACGCGACUUUUGUUUAUGUAUGAAUUCAUUAAGAAAUUAAAAAACUGUGCUUCACUCUGA